GACCUAAAGUCGCUGCGCGCUGUACAACGUCGGGACUACGAGUUCAUCACAAGUAACCGUGGCUGCUUACGGAAGACACCGGUGUUAUUGCGUGUACGAGCCGAAGAGCACGGAUUUAUUAUUGACGUCUAUAAAGCACAAUUCUCACUGGACAAACCCAGACGAUUUGCGAUAAUCUCGUCCGAAUUGGACGAGUUCUAUCGCUUCAAGGAACUCGCCGUCAAGGGAUUGAUUCUUGAAAGUGCUCCUGAUGGGGACACACCGUUGUUGUUUCAUGCAGCUCGUCUGCUACCCUUGGAUGCCGAAUGUUCACUGACUUUCAAAUCACUCUGCUUCUCUGAUUCUGACAUUACACAAGUGUUAAUCAUGCUAACACAAGUGCGAUCAAUUCCAUUGUUAAAGCUCAAAGAAUGCGUCUUUCCGGCAGAUUCUGUGGCUCGUUUUUUCCUGCAGUCACAGAUAGCUUCACGUUCCUUUCGGAUCGAAGACGAUCAGAGCUUCACAAAGGGCAACGAAGACACAUCGAACGAUGUUGGCGAUGCGCUGCUGAACAUAUUUCUCUCAUCAGAUUGCGACGCCAUCAGUCUUUCCACCGUUGAAGAAGUGUCAUUCCGUGGACUGACCAACUUUAUCCGG